AAUACUUACAGACACACGUUUUAUUUUGAACUUAAGUCUGCAAUGGCACCACCUCCUGUGACCCUCAUCUGCUGCCGUCCCGGGUCUAAAGCAAAAUUACCCCGGAUCAUAACAACAGGUCCCGUCCAUUACAUUUUCCCCCCUCUGGACAAUGGCCGCAGCUCGCACUAUUCACACACUGAUCCCACCAAGCAGAGCACGGAGUCAACACUGUAGUUCAUGCUAAAGGACGAACGAUUGGAUAUAUAAAUAUGGGCUUUUAUCAAACCGCAUUGAAUGGUGCGCAAUCUGGACUAUUUUAAACUCCCACGUGGAGUUUUCAUUUAGUUAAGUUGACUAAUUUUUCUCCGCUGACGCCGAUCUUUUACGUGGGUAAAGUUGUGCGUAAUUUGUGCGUAAAGUUGUCCUUUAUAAGUUGCAGGGCAAAAUGGAGAUAUCACUGCAUUAUUUAUGAUCCUUACAACUUUUGUACUGGCAUAUGCAUACACUUAUGAGGCCGUCUGAUUUGUAAUUGCAGAAUCAAAGUGGAGAAAUUGCUGUUUCAUAGCCGCGCAGCCCUUGUUCGCUGCCACAAAAGGAAGAGGACUGUUUAUGUGGAUCAACUUUUAAGACUUUUAUUGUACAAUAACCUUUGCAUAAUAUCUAUUUUUCUCAAGCGUUGCCCGAGGGACUGCGCAUGCGCGCUGGCUGCUUGCUGUCACUAAGACAUUUUUCUUCACGUUGGAAACUGUCACUGGUGACGUCAAUCACUGAGCUCUGACCAAUUAGAGAGCAGGGUGAUUGUUUAGCUCCACAGGCUGCAGCGCCUACCAUGAAUCUCUAUUCAGUAUCAAAGCGUCCUGCUGCUGCCUCUCAACCGAAUGGGAUUUCAUGUAGUCUGCAGAUAGACUUAACUUUAUAAAGUCUUUUUUUCUUUAUUUUUCAUUGCGAUUAAAAUAUAUUUGUCAUCAUCAUUAUUAUUUUGCCUGCUGUCAAGUUAUUCUAAAAUUAGGAAGUAAUGAGCGUGGAUGCAUUGGGAAGCCCCGUGAUGGACCCUACGUUUUCCAAACGGAACACGGCGCUGAGAUUAGUUGACUUGGCAGGGGCUCACCACCAUCACCAUCAUCACCACCAUACCCCUCAGAGCGUGACAGGCUUCCCGGGGUUCAGCAGCCAUCCACACUCAAUGGCUCACUCGCACCCUGGGGAGAUUACUGCGGAACCCCGCCUGGGGCCGAGUCCAUUCGGGCCAGAACACAUGGGGCACUCCGCGGCCCUCAAAAUCAGCCCAGCCCAUCAUUAUCCCCACCACCAUCACCACCACCACCACAAUCAUCAUAUGGCAGGCCACAGUGAAGUGGUCUCUAGUCAAACGGGAGCUUUUGGCCCGGUUCAGGCGACAUCGGUCCCGUAUUCUAUGUCUCAUACGGCCCAGGCUUUAUCUGCAGGUAGGGAUUUCCUCAUCCGGAGAGAUCUGACAGCUCAAGCCAUGCCGGUACUGACUGACCAGACUGCUGGUUCAGCCUCUCACCACGGAAUGUUUGUCUCAACAACAGGUAGCUAUCCCGGACACUAUGGUCAUCACCCUGACGCUGGGAACCAUACCCUCUUCUCCGGACUCCAUCACGACCAGUCUUCUAGCGGAUCACCGGGUGGCCAAGGGUUGAAUGGACAAAUAAGGUUAGGACUACCUGGAGAAAUGUACGUUAGGUCUGAUCAUUUGAGUCAAGUGGCAAGCUCCAGGGCUGAUCCGUUCUCCGCCUCGCCGUUGCACGGCUACGGUGGUCUGAAUCUGAACAUGAAUCUCAGCGCUCACCACCACCACCACCACGGAGCCGGUGCCUUUUUCCGUUACAUGAGGCAACCGAUAAAGCAAGAGCUGAUUUGCAAGUGGCUGGAACCGGAGCUAUCGCCGAAGAAACUUUGCUCCAAAACUUACAGCACCAUGCAUGAACUCGUAACGCAUGUGACGGUGGAGCACGUUGGAGGACCAGAGCAGGCGAACCAUAUAUGCUUUUGGGAAGAGUGUCCGAGGGAAGGCAAACCAUUUAAAGCCAAGUACAAACUUGUAAAUCACAUUCGAGUGCACACCGGGGAGAAACCGUUUCCAUGCCCAUUCCCUGGCUGUGGAAAAGUGUUUGCAAGAUCCGAGAAUCUUAAGAUCCACAAGAGGACGCACACAGGUGAGAAGCCCUUCAAAUGUGAGUUUGACGGCUGCGACAGACGAUUCGCCAACAGCAGUGACCGGAAAAAGCACUCCCACGUCCACACCAGCGAUAAGCCCUACAACUGCAAAGUGAGAGGCUGCGAUAAGUCCUACACACACCCGAGCUCCCUGAGGAAACACAUGAAGGUGCACUGCAAGUCCCCCCCGCCCAGUUCAGGCUACGAGUCCUCCACCCCGUCCCUGGUCUCCCCCUCCUCAGACUUGGGCCGGGAGCCAGGAGGCUCCUCGGUGCUGUCGGAGCCGGUGGGAGCCUCCCAGCCCGCGAAUUUAAGUGAAUGGUACGUGUGCCACAGUUCAGGUGCCAGCGGCGCACACACACCACCCAGCGGGCCCUCCACACCUGACCCCACAGACGAACCACCUUACAGAAAUCCAGAACCGAGGGAUGCGUUUUAAUCCAAUUGGACUCCAACACGGUGCCAGAAGUGACAACACAUUUUCAAAAGCCUAACUAUUAAAAUGGUUUGGCUUUGGUGCCUGUGUAUGCCUGUGAAGGCCCACUGGUUCCCUACCGGAUGAGCCUCCAAAUAGACACCCAGAGCCAAGAGACGCAUUUGAACCACAUUGGAAGGAAAACGUUCAAACCUUAAAUAUGUGCUAAUUUCCAAGCACAGUAAAAAAUAAUAUAUUUUCAAACCUCAGCUAUUGAAAAUGGUUGGCUCAGUGCCUAUCCGCCCUGACUGGUCCACUUGUGGAGAAAGUCGUGUAAAUUCGUUAGACUAUGUGGUACUUCAUUGUAGGCUAGGCAUGUUGGUGUAGGAUUAUUUUGUAAAUUCGAGUUUUGACUUCAUUAUGCUUUUAAUUUAUUUUUCAAUCUGAUAUUGAAUGCUUUUGUAUUAUCGAACCAAAGUGCAUGUUUCAAUUAGGGAGGGAAAAAGUGUACAUUUGUAAAUUUUGUAAGUUUCGAUGUGUUGAUGUUUCGUAAGGAUCUGUCUCCAAGCAGUUGCUUACUGCAGUUAUUUGUACAAACGUUUUAUGUUUACAGCAUUACUUUUCCAUUUGUGUAAAGGGUCAACAAUUGAACUGUUUCAUACGCCUGCAGUAUUUGAUAUGCGACCGUGUAAUUAUAAAUGUUUUAUCAAAGUGGGCAUUUUGUGAUUUUGUAUCAUCAAUAUAUUUUCUUUUUAAUAUCUGAAAUCGAGCGGCACUCAAAAUGCGUGCCGAAUUGCCUUGUAUUUUGUGAGUCUUUUGAAUAAAUAUUGUAUGACUAAAGUGUAAACUC